UUCGGCAGUCCAAUGGAAAAGUUGCGUUAUGACAGGAUCAUCGAAGCAUGCUGUCUUUGGGAAGAUUUUAAGGAGUUGCCAGCCAGGGAUACGACCAUUGUAGGCGAAAACGGAACCUCUCUAUCCGGUGGUCAAAGAGCUAGAGUUGCCCUCGCUAGAGCUUUGUAUUCCAAAUCCCCGCUACUAUUACUCGACGAUAUUUUUGCUGCACUCGACGCAAAGACAGCUGCUGGUGUUUGGAAACACUGCUUCUGCAGUGAUCUAUUGAAGGGUAGAACGACUGUGCUCGUGACCAACCUCCCCUGGAUCGCCGAGCAAGCCGAUCUCUCUGUUGUGUUAGAUAAGGGUCAGAUAGAGUCGGUUUUGCCCCAAAUUGGUGUUGUGCGCACACCAAUUGCCAUUGCCCGAGUUCUUGGAGGCGACGCAGAUGAGGAUGAAGCACAUGAUGAUACAGUGCAAGAGAUUCAACCCCAUGGCGAUGACUUGAACGACACAAACAAGAUUCUCGAGGAAAAGUACCACAGAGAUAUUGUUAGCCAGGAAAUGAAGGCUUCUGGAAAGGUUGGCCGCAUGACUUUUUUACAAUACAUGAAUUACUUCGGUCACCCUGUGUUCGUCAUUGCUUGUCUCGGGCUACUUCUUGCUACAAAUAUUUUCACCUUCCUCUCUGCUUUGUGGCUUUCUGUUUGGGUCGAGGCUUACAACCAUCAAGCUCAUGUUGAUAUCCCAUAUUAUAUGGGGAUCUUUGCUGUGCUUACGUUGCUUGAAAUCGGUAGCUACUGCUUGGCCAUCAUAAUGUUUGAGUGGGGGGCUUGGAACGCUGCAAGACGACUACACAACGACUUCAUCCGUGCCAUUAUGCGCGUUUCACUGUCGUGGUUCAAACAUAUCCCCAUUGGGCGCAUCACGAAUCGCUUCUCUAGUGACAUGGCCUCUCUCGAUGGAACGAUCAGUACUAUGCUACGCAUCAUGCUCGAUACUAUUCUCCUUAUGCUAUUCCGCAUUGGAGCGGUUAGUAGUAUCAUGCCGAUUUUCAUGAUACCAGCACUUUUCACGUGCUUGUUUGGUGUUCUUAUUGGCGAAGCUUACACCAGAACUGCUGUCGUAAUCAAACGACUAACCUCUUCAGCCCAGUCGCCCGUCUUCUCUCAGUUUGCCGAUACUCUCGCGGGUCUCCCUGUCAUUCGUGCCAGAAAUGGUAUGGCAUCAACAUUCCGAGAAGAGCUAGCUUGCAAACUGCGAACCUGGUCAGCUUCUUCGGAAGCCAGCUUCAAUGCCAAUCGAUGGGUGGCUGUACGUGUCGACCUUGUGACAGCGCUUGUCAGUCUUUCGGCCGGCAUAAUUGCAGUUUCACAGACGGGUGUUGUGGCCGCAGGACUGGUCGGUUUCUCACUCACUAAUGCCAAUGGGCUUAGCCAAACGAUUUUGCUGUUGGUACGAGCCAUGAACGAUCUUGAAGUAGAGAUGCAGAGUUUUCACCGAGUCAAAGAGUACGUCAAAUUAGAACCAGAAGAGAAAGAUGACAAAACCUACCCAGAGGAGGGCGAGUACACCGACGACAUGUCACAUGUGGUUCCCAAAUCUUGGCCCACGACUGGCGAGAUCGAGUUUCGAAACGUGACGAUUCGAUAUGACCCCGAUGGGCCCGACGUCCUCACCGACGUGAACCUCAAGUUCAAAGCUGGCGAGCGCGUGGCCGUGGUAGGACGAACAGGGUCUGGCAAGAGCACACUGGUUCUCUCCCUUUUGCGCUUUACCCAUGUGGUUUCAGGCGAGAUCCUUUAUGAUGGUGUUGACAUUACAAAAGUUCCUCGACACCGUCUCCGUGAGAGUCUUACUAUCAUUCCCCAGGAGGCAGUGCUGUUCAACGGCACUGUCGAGUCAAACUUGGACCCUGCCGGUCAAGUUCCCAAGGAGGUCCUCGAUAGAGCUCUCGAAAACUGCAAAGGCAUUGCCUCAUUCUCUCCCCAAGCUUCUGAUGAUAGCGACAACGAUGUAUCCUCAUCUGAUGACGAGCACAAUAUAGUGAACCUAGCGACAAGUGUUGACCCUCGCGGAGAGAAUUUUUCGCAUGGCCAAAGACAGGUUCUCUCGCUCUGUCGUGCGCUUAUUCGUCAGAAUAAGCUGAUGUUGCUCGAUGAAGCCACUGCAAGCAUGGACUAUGAGACUGACCGAGGCAUUCAGACCGUUCUACGGCAGGAACUUGAAGCUGCAGGGGGGGACCGCACUCUGGUAACAAUCGCACAUCGUCUACGCACGAUCAUUGACUACGAUACUGUCGUAGUCAUGAGUGCCGGACGGGUUCUCGAGUACGGUUCGCCUCGCGACUUGUACAACAGACGAGGUCAAUUCUACGACAUGAUAUACCAUAGCGGUGAAAUGGACGGGCUUGAGGCUUUACUCCAGGCAGAAAGCUGCUCUUGAAACGUUCGGCAAGGGGAUGAAGAAUUCCACACAAGAAAACAUACUCACAAAUAUGUGCGUAUGCAUGCAUGUGAUGUGGAUACUAGAACGAAUAAUGGAUAUACAGAGCGGUUUUGUAUACGACAACAUUACCUGAAUAUGACGUAUUUGAACUCCAGCUUCUUCAUUUGCUCCAUUUUUGGGGAUUUCAAGUAGGAACCCCUGAAU